GACCUCUCAAACCUUCUUGUAACGAUACAUUCCCGGCAAGUCGGUAACCUGCACGGCCUUGAUCUUAGAGUAGAAUUGUACUCGGAACAUUGUGUGCCAACCACCACCGGACGGCAUCAGGAUUCAUUCCAAUCGGCAGCCCAAUCUCGCACCCAAUGCCACCAUCUACUUGGCUCGUUGUGGGAGCCAGCCGUGGAAUCGGUCUCGAAUUUGUGCGUCAGUUGCUGGACGAGGGCAAUCAGGUGAUCGCUGCGGUCCGGAACCCGGAGACGGCCAGUGGGAUUUGGCAGCUAUCUGCCAAACAACAGAGACCCGGGGCGUGUGUGAUCGAGCAGUGUGAUGUCACGGACGAAAGCAGUAUUGAUGCGUUUGCCACACGCAUGUCGGCGCUGGUAUCGAAAGGAAUGAAGAUCGACAACAUCGUCUUGAACGCGGGAGUCUUGAAGUAUCCUAACAGGGCAACGGAAAUAUCAUUCAGCGACUUUGCAUUGCAUCUUCAUACGAACACGAUAGGUCCCAUUAUUGCGGCUCAAAGGUUGCUGAAGAUUAGCGACGAGGCUCCGCCUUCCAAGGUGAUCUUCAUCUCCUCGGACUCGGGAUCUACGACAGAAUUUCGAGAACAUGAGGACGGGUUUGGUGCAUACGCAGCCAGCAAGGCGGCGCUGAACCAGAUGCUGAGACACAUGGCCGCAGAGCUGAAGAGGAAGGGAGGUAAGUGGGAGGAAGUCUGUGUCCUGGCAUUUCACCCGGGAGAAGUAAAGACCGACAUGGCGAACAUCGAGGUCGAAUGGGACGUAGAAGGCAUUAUAAAUGCAGAUGAGAGUGUUUCAAAGAUGUUGAAAGUCAUUGGCGAGAAGGACAAGACUCACACCGGGACAUUCUGGUGUUGGGAUGGAAGAGAGUAUCCCUGGUGAAGGUUCUUGGUUGGCCGAGUCUCUUGGAAAUCUAAAGAAGAUAUUUGCAGCUAUAUGAGUGCCGACUUGACAGACCUUGCCACCGUCGGCAAAGAUUGACUGUAG